CUAUAGGGAACAAGAAAAACAGAAAUGGCUAAUAAUUUCCCACUAAUUAUUUCCAAGCAUUUGUGGCUUGAUCAGCUAUGUCUUUCCUUCUUUAUCUCAGUUUCUGUCCUGCUGAUCAUUCCCGUUCUCCUAAUUCUCUUCACACGUAAUGCUAAUAAAAGAUCAUCAUCCUCAUCAGGUAGGAAAAGUCUAAACUUACCACCAUCCCCGCCAAGGUUACCGGUGAUCGGAAACCUUCACCAGCUCGGAAAAUUCCCUCACCGCUCUCUCCGAGCACUCUCCGAAAAGUACGGCCCACUUAUGCUCCUGCACCUCGGUCAAGCUGCUCCAACUCUUGUGGUUUCUUCUCCGGAUUUGGUGAAAGAAAUAGCCAAGAACCACGACACCACUUUCUCGAACCGACCGCAAACGACCGCAACUGAUAUCUUGUUCUAUGGAGGGAAAGACAUGGCCUUUUCGCCUUAUGGCGAGUCUUGGAGACAAGCUCGGAGGAUUUGUGCAGUUCAGCUCUUAUGCCUCAAGAGAGUGCAAUCCUUUCAGUCAAUAAGGGAAGAAGAGGUGACAAAAAUGGUGGAGAGGUUAAGGAAAGCUUCCCUUAAUAUUGGGGAUAGUACUAAUUCUGUAAACCUAAGUGAGAUUUUGAUCUCAACAUCAAACAACAUUGUAUCCAGAUGUGUCCUCGGAGAAAAUUAUGAUACCGAAGAAGGCGGUGGGAGCCGACUAGGCGAGCUAGGAAGAAAGGCGUUGGUGCAAUUUCUAGCCUUCAGUGUGGCCGAUUUCUUCCCUUCUUUGAGAUGGAUUGAUGUUCUUAGAGGCUUUAUUGCUAGCUUGAAAUCCACUUCUAGAGCUCUGGACGCUAUUUAUAGUGAAGUAAUUGAAGAACAUAAGGCAAUAUUUACUAGUAGUCCAAAAGACUUUGUAGAUAUUCUCCUCCAACUUCAGAAGGAUCAUAGCAUGGUCAACUUUGAGCUCACUAAUAUCCACAUCAAAGCUAUCAUACAGGAUAUGUUAGUGGGAGGCAUUGAGACUACUUCGACUCUAAUGGAGUGGCUGAUGUCAGAACUUAUGAACAACCCGAGAGUAAUGAAGAGAGCCCAAGAAGAGGUGAGAAGAGUGGUAGGAGAAAAGGCAAUGGUGGAGAUAAAUGACAUUCAUCGUAUGGAUUACUUAAAAUGCGUUAUUAGAGAAGCCCUAAGGCUUCAUCCACCAGGUACACUUUUAAUUCCUCGAGAAACUUCGAGAAGCGUCGAAAUCAGAGGCUACCAUAUUCCUGCAGGAACAAAGGUGCUCGUCAAUGCUUGGGCAAUUCAUAGGCACCCAGAUUUCUGGGAUGAACCAGAAGAGUUUAUCCCAGAGAGAUUUGAGAACAGCCCAGUUGAUUUUAAAAGUCAAGAGUGCUUUGAGUUAAUUCCGUUUGGUUUUGGGAGAAGGCAAUGCCCUGGAAUUGCAUUUGGUGUCACAAGUACUGAAUAUGUGAUCGCCAAUCUUUUGUAUUGGUUUGACUGGAAGUUGCCCACA